UUCUUCAUACCGUUAGGUUGUAUUGCUCGAUCCCCAAUAUGUACCCUGCUUUUAAUGACUCGUCUCCUCGUUUACGAAUCGCAGACGUUCUAUUAAUUCAAGACGCAGUCCAAGAACAGGAGAACGACGGAGAACUGUUGCCGGUGGAGAGCUGUACCGGCGUUGUUUCACGGUGGCUUUCUCGGUUUAGAGCGGCUAAGUUGAAGAAGUUUCCUGGCCAAGUCGACGAGAGCGAGCAAGAUGCGACGUCAGAUGUCAAGUGUUCGACGGGUGUAUUCAACUGCGGUGAUUCGCCAUGUACGGUCCCGAGGAAUCAUCAGUUAGGCUGUCCGACGACAGGGCCCUCUUUCAAUAUGGGAGUUGCUGGUUGUUUGUUAUAUCUGAUUGCUGCAAGUAAGAAUGAACUCAAUAAGAUGAUGGAGUUCAGGACCCAGAUGGAAAUGCUUCUUCAAGAUGCCAAAAAGGAGCUGGAAACCGAAGAUACAUUGACUGACCCGUUCAAGUCCAACGAUGAAUUUACUUAUUCAACCAUUGAUGUUCGAGAAGAAGUGGGAUCUAGUUCUCAUCAUUCUUUACGGAAACCAUCUUAUGUUUUACCAGAGUUACCAACAAUGAGGAUGUGAAAUCAGUUUUUGACAUGUGACAAGCGUAAAUCAGAACAUUGUGCAAAAGGAAUGGAUCGGCUUGAAGCAGAACUUGAGGCGGAAUUUGAACAAUUUUUGGUGCAAUAUGCUCAACAGCAAGGCAUAGAGGUAAAUAAGGACACUGAUGCCCCGAAAAGUCGAAGUUUUAGUUCUGGAGAAGUAAUUGACCCUCAAGUGGAAAUACACAGAAGAGAUUAUGGAGUUCCACUUCCACCCCAAGAACUUGAGAGAAGAUUGCAUGAAGUACUGGAGGCAAGGCAACAAGAGCAGAUAAGAGAGCUAGAAGCUGCUUUGGAGAGUGCUAGGCACAAGCUUCGCGAGAAAGAUCUUGAGAUUUCUAGGUGGAAAGACACUGCAAAGUUUCUUUCGCAGCAUAAUCCGGCAACUUCACGGCCCUAAUUCUUAGGAUGAAAAAGACUGCAGUGUAGCCUUUGAGAGUGAGUUCUCGACUCUUCAUCGUGUAUGUUUGAUGAUUAAUAGAUAAUUUUUCUUCCUGUUUUAGCUUCAGGAUUGCACAGUGUGAAAUGUAGUUAGAAGAAAGUAUAACAGUGAAAAAUGAAAAGGUGAUGCAGAACUUAGAAUUAUAAACUGUAAACUGUCAUCUUCCGACUGAUU